AAGAGAGAGGUCGAGAGAGGUAACGCUAAGGAAGAGCGGAGGCGCCAAGCUACCCUUCGCGCGAGCCAGGCAGCAGGCAGGCAGCCCCUUUCGUAAAGCACCCCCUAAGCCUGGUUAGGGGCGAAGGCGGCGAGCCGCGGAGGCCACAACACGACCGCCGUCCUCAUUGGUCGACGCGCUUGCCCUGGGUGGGGCUCCGGAAAAAUUGGAGGGGAGAAAAAUCCCCCCUAAAUAGCUGCGGCUACGGCUGCGAAAAACUAGAAUCCGCUCAGCCGGCAUCGAGUGCGCGUCGAUUUGCUAUAGCAUUUUACCAGUCCGUGGUACAAAGGUGCAGUCGGGCCGAACUGAAAUUCAAAUCGGAGGAUCACACAAUGGAAUUUUUUUUUCGCUGAGAAAGAGAAGCGGAAAGAAAUAAUAUGUGUUUGCUGUUGUUUAUUCGAAUGUGAUAGUGAUUUAUGAAAAAAGAAAAAAAAAAAACAGUGAUCGAUAGUGUUUACCAAACACAGUGUUUGCGUGUAGAAGUUCGAAUUGAUAAUUAAAGGAUAAUCGAGUCUCCUUUCCUACUAAACUUACCACUGGAAUUGGAUAAAAAAAUGCAUUUGCGGGACGGUCCGUUGGGAGUGGAUACUCUUAGGGCGCUCCACGAGUCCCUCAGAAGAUGUCACGGCGAGUUGGUGACGACAGGAAGUCCCACUAUCAUGUGCAGCACGCUACCGUCCCACUGGAGAUCGAACAAAUCUCUUCCGGUAGCAUUCAAGGUCAUAGCCCUCGACGACGUCGUCGACGGCACCCAGGUUACCAUUAAGGCGGGCAAUGACGAAAACUGUUGCGGAGAACUGAGAAAUUGCACGGCAAUCAUGAAGAAUCAGGUCGCCAAGUUCAAUGAUCUCAGAUUCGUCGGCCGCAGUGGAAGAGGAAAAUCAUUUACCCUUACGAUCCAGAUCAACACGACACCGUACCAAGUAGCCACGUAUGCCAAAGCUAUCAAGGUUACGGUAGACGGACCACGCGAACCGAGGUCCAAAUCGAAUUAUCAGUAUGGCGCCGGAUUUCACGGACUCACUACUUUACUCAAUCCUUGGCUGGAUGCUGCGUACUUUGGACCCUGGCACAUGCCGCAUCCUUUAGUUAAAGGAACGGUACCAUCGCCCCCCGAAUUGUUCAAUCCGGCGUUCUCGCCCAUUCUGACGUAUCCCUUCGAAUACGUCAACAAUUAUCCCGAUUACGCGGCGCUGACGACCAACACGUCGACGGCGAACGCGAUGACGCCGGUUCUGGCGAUCACGUCGAGCCCGUCGAGAACGCCGCCGAGUCCUAGCGAAUCUGGUAGCGAGUCCGCAACCGAGGAGGUCCGAAGUGCCUUCGUACCUCUUCGACACAAUACCCUACCGCCGAGCACAUCUUCAUCGUCGUCGCCAGACAGAAACCCCAAGAAGCCAGCCGAAGGCAGGAGAAACGAGUUGAAGGCACCCACCGCGCUUAUCUCCCAACGAUUGUCGCCAUCGCACGGGAGCCCGGCACCGACAAAGCUCUCAACGUCGUCUGCGAAAGUUUGGAGGCCAUAUUCGAAAUCGUAGAUCUAAUUAGCGGAAGUGACGACAUUUCGACGUAUUCCGGAAGAAGGCUAGUGAAAACGUAUCGCCGCGGUGAUAGACGGGAAAGGUUACAAUUAUGAUUAAUUUUAAUAAAUAAAAUUAACAUAAUUUACGACGGGUUUUAUAAAUUUUAUA